UAAGAAUGUACUAUAAAUGAAAUUUUAUUGACAUUUUUAUUGAAAUAACCACUUGAUCUUUGCCACUUGCUUCCAGAACUGAAUAUUUCCUGGUCCCUGAUUAGCAAUAGCACUUAGACUUAUAUACCGCUUCACAGUGCUUUACAGCCCUUUCUAAGCUGUUUACAGAGUCAGCAUAUUGCCCCCAACAAUUUGGGUUCUCAUUUUAUCCACUUUGGAAGGAUGGAAGGUUGAGUCAACCUUGAGCCAGUCAAGAUUGAACUGCUGGCAGUCAGCAGAGUUAUCCUGCAAUACUGCAUUCUAACUACUGCAUCACCAUUUUACUGGCAAAAACAAAUGUGUUGAACGAGAUGCACUUGCUGCAAGAUAGUUCUCAACUUAAAACUGAAGGAGUGAGAAGUUGCUUAUCCAGUAAGUUGUGACAGUAGUAAAGCAGUUCACCACAUGACCAUACCUGAUUUUAUGACCUUUUUUGCAAUGGUCAUUACGUGAACUCAGUAAAGCAAACUCAUUGUUCACUAAGGGCCAUUUUUGAUGAAAACAAAAUAAAUCUUGGUUUUCAGCAAAAACAUCCUAAAAUCCAAUCAUGUGACUUUAGGACACUGCAAACUGCCAUAAAUGCAGGCUGCUUGCCAUGUGUCCAACAUAGUCAUGUGACUGAUAUGUGUGCAUUUGAGUGAACUUCAGAAUUCGGUCAUAAGUACUUUUGGGGGAGCACCACUUCAAAUGCUCACUAAGCAUCUGGAUGCAAGUCAACUACUGUAUUUAAACGCACAGAUACACAAGGUUUCUGUUCUGACCCGGCUCCCAGACGUGACAAACCCUCUAGUUAAAUCAAUGAUUCCUUUAUUAGCAGCCCCAGCAAUAUUCUCUCACACAGCAGGCUAACAAGUCUGUCCAGCAGGGAGAUGAAUAGCCACACCUAUUCAUCUCUGCCCCCUGCCUUUUAUCCACCCAGAGCUAGGGUGGGGCUUCGCUAGCAGCAGUGGCUCUUCCAUCCCAAGGAUCGGCCCAUAGAUUUCCACUGCUCUCCUCUCCUUGGCCUUCUGGGCAUCUGCACAUCAGGCACUGGACCCAGCUGUUCCUCUUCCUUAUUAGCCACCUCCAGAUGUGGGGGCUGUUGACUUCCCAUCUGAGGACUGAUGGAUGGCCUAGGCUCUGCCUCUCUCUCUCUGUCAGCUCUAGACCCUCUUCCCCUUCAAAGCUCUCUCGGGUUGCCUUGAUGCUGACCCUGACUCCCAAGCCUCUCUCUGAUUCGGUUGCUGGAGGGGCUGGCAGCCGACAGGCCACAACAGUUUCUUUUGAUCAAAUAACAUGGAUUAGGGAUAUGCAUAUUUAUAUUCUUUAUAAUAGGAGAAUAUAAACAGAUUAUAUUGCCCAUAAGUGAAUUUAGCCUCUAGCCUCAAAUGUUUGUUGAAAGUAUUUUUCUUCUGCCAGAACAACUUCUGAAGUGCUUUACAAAUGAAUCCAGUCAGGGAAUCUUUGCCUAGGAAGACAAAAGAUGAAGGAAUAACUGGGUGAAAAAGACAAAAUGGGAGGAAAAGCUGAUUCUGAUACUGUGAUAAUACCCGAUUCUUGUAACUGGUGGAUAGUGUACAUCUGUAAGCAGCUGGCAUAAAAAUCGGCUCAAAAAGGAAAAGCAAAAAAAUAAUAAUAAUAUCAAUUUCCUUAGUAGAAUAAAUGCUGGUUUUUCAUCACUUAAGAUGGCCCCACUCCUAAGGGUUUCUUUUUGUUCUUGUUAGCAGCAUGCCUACUUUAUUUUUUUAUUUUUCCCCUAUUGUGACCAAAACUACAUUGCGUGCUUGCACACUGCCGCUGCGAUGCGUAGUCAGUUCAUUUUAGGUUCGCGUGACACGAGCAUAACGCCAGCCACACUGCUUGGUUUCACGCUACUGUAUCCCCGCCAGCCGAAAAUAGCUCUGCUUUUCCUCUUCGCGUGUCAAGCCCUGCGCGUCCUCCUCCCUAUCCCCACGUUUUGCUUUUUUGACAACUGAUGGGCGGAUUGCAUGAAUGAGCCCGGGAAGCAAAACAAGCCGCGCUUGGACGUUUAGGUUGGACGCCUGCAGGACAAGAAACGCCGGAGGGGAAAGCAACGCGCUGCCUUCCCAGGCGCCUGAAGCUGCCCUCCCGGCCUGUGAGGAAGACGGGCGAGAUGAGGCUGGUCCCGCCUUUUGGCAUCUGGCCGAGCCAAUCACCUCGGCUAUUCCUUAUCUCGCGCCCGCUUGUUAUAUUGCAGCAUCGGCCUUUCCGAAGCUGAGCGGGACUCACCUGCACCCGCAUUUGCUUUUGCUCUGCCGGGGCUCGGACAGGUUUUCGGGCGGCGGGAGGAGGAUACCAUGGCGCGCAGCUCGGAAGGCGCGAGAGAAGCGCUGUCCGGCCGAAUCGGGACAGUUUAUCAGGAAGUCAGCCGCUAUCCGUCGGUGAUUUAUGCCAGCGUCGGACCCGAGAUUCCUGCCCCUUGUGGCGCCAAGUGCCUGCCCCUCUACACAGAGUGGCACCACACAGAUCUGGAGCGCCAUCAGAAACUGCGAUUCAGUCGCCAAUAUAUCCUUCACCAUGAUGGCAGAGAAAUUGUUUCUGUUACUCCCGUUGGUAUGCCAGCUGAGAUUCACAAUCAGUAGGCUGCUGAUUGGAGUGUCACCUACUGGGAAAUAUAAAGCUAUUCUCACCCAUUAUUUGGAAACUGGGCAGAAACAGGAGGUCCUGGAGGUUUGGAGCAACAGUGGGAGGGUAAGAAAUAUCAAUCUCACAGCGCUGGAUAAACAUGGCAAAGUGUACACAGAUGACCAGUUUCGAUGCUUUGCUUGGUCGAACUCAGAAACUCAGAUUGUGUAUGUUGCAGAAAGAAGGCGCUCUCCAAAACAACAAUUUUUCUCUCAAGAGGAAUUCACUGAAGGACAGGAGAAUGAGCGCUUUGUGUACAAUGACAACUGGGGAGAGGCACUGAGCGACAAAAGUGUCCCUGUGUUAUGUGUGUUGAAUAUUGAAACCACUGAGGUUUCAGUGCUAGGAGACAUCCCAGAGCACCUCUCCCCUGGGCAGGCCCUGUGGUCCCCAGGUGACAAGGGAAUAAUAUUUGUGGGCUGGUGGCAUGAGCCAUUCAGGUUGGGAUUAUAUGCCUGUUCCAAUAGAAGGUCAGCUCUAUUUCUCUUCGAUCUGUCUGAAAAUAGCUGUGAACUCUUGACUUCAGAUGAUCAGUCUGUCUCUUCUCCCCGGCUCAGCCCUGACCAAACUCACCUGCUGUACUUGGAGGGACCAGUGUUUGGGUCUCAUCGCCAGUGCUUGAAGCUACAGUUGCUCAACUGGCAAACAAAGUCCUCAUAUACAGUAGUGGACAUAGUCAGAACUUCCACAGCUGGUUUUUAUGGAAUUUACUCAGGAGCACUGUCCAUGCUUUGCUGGGCCUCUGAUAAUCAAAGAGUCUUACUUAGCACUCCUCAAAGGAGUAGAAAGGAAGUAUUAGUUGUGGAUACCAAAUCUGGAAGUGUGAAAUCUAUUACAUCAGGCACAUCGGAAGGUAGCUGGACGCUACAAGGAGUUCAGCAAGAUCUGCUAGUGGUGAGCUGUUCAUCUCCCAGUUGCCCUCCAAGUCUGAAGGUGGGUGUGCUCCCCCCAGCAGGGAGUGAGCUGGAACUACAAUGGAUCAGUGUGGAGGAAUCUUCUGUACUACCUGACAUGGAAUGGAAAAUCCUCACAGUGGAUCCUGCUUUGCCUGAGAAGGGCAGCCCAUACAGUAAGGAAGCAGCUGACCAGUCGUUUGAAGCCAUAUUGCUGAUUCCUCAAGGAAGCAAACAAGGAGAAAAGGCCUUUUUCCCCCUUGUGGUUUCUCCACAUGGUGGUCCACAUUCAGUUUUUGAUGCUGGCUGGCGUCCAACUAUGGCAGGUCUCUGUCGGCUGGGUUUUGCUGUGCUUCUGGUGAAUUACAGGGGUUCCUUGGGUUUUGGCCAGGACAGCAUUGAUUCACUGAUCUCUCAUGUUGGAGUACAAGAUGUGGCAGACACUCAGCUGGCAGUAGAAGUGGCACUGCAGAUGGCAUGUUUGGACCCAGACAGAAUUGCCUUGUUGGGAGGCUCUCAUGGUGGCUUUAUCUGUUGCCAUUUGAUUGGUCGGUUUCCAGAGAUGUACAAAGCCUGUGCAGUCAGAAAUUCCGUCACCAACAUGGCCACUCUACUGGGGACCUCUGACAUUCCCGAUUGGCGAUACGCUUCUCUGGGUCUGCCAUACUCCUACGAGCGGAUUCCUACAGAAAAGGAUCUGGCUGCCAUGCUGCUCUCCUCCCCCAUUAUUCAUGCUACAAAGGUUCGAGCACCUCUGCUGCUGUGUGUUGGGGCAAAAGAUCGCCGAGUGUCUCCUUACCAAGCUUUGGAAUAUUACCGUGUGUUGAAAGCUAGAGGAAUCCCUGUGCGACUGAUGUGGUAUCCAGAGGAGAAUCAUGCCUUAAGUGGAGUAGUAGCUGAUGCAGAUGUCUUUAUGAACUAUGCCCAGUGGAUCACACAUCACCUUUCCAGAAAGUCAAUUGCCAGCUAAAUAUGAAGACAUUUAAGUUGCUGAGAAGCCAACUGUAUAUCCAGUUGUACUGCAGUAAUCUUCACAAUGUGUCAGGAGUUUCUUUUUCCCCACCUCAACGUGCAAUCAGAUUUUGAGCAUCUGAAGAUUCUUCUCUGCCGAUAAUCCCUUCAGAAUGUUUUUGAGGAAUUCUGCUAAUAAUGUUACAAAUAUCUACUCAAAUCCUAAUUCUGAUUGAAAAAUUGGUGUCUGAUAACUGGCCUUUUAAAAACAAAAAAGCUCUGCUAUUAGAUUGCUAAAUGAUAUAAUCAUUCAAGCCAACUUGUUUAUUUGAAUAGAUGGAUAUGCUGACAUAAUCCAAAGGAAAUUCUCCAGUAAGGCUUCUCAUUUGCAACUGAAUACUUUUUAGUGAGUUAAUUUUAUAUGUGAGCAGGUCUCAGCAUUAAUGAUAUUUUGAUGAUUAAGGAAUGGUUAAUGAUAUCCACUCAGAAUCGCCUGAACCAUGAGUGAUAAUAAAUUUAAUAAACAAACAUCAAAGACUGUU